AUCACCUCAAUAAAUGAACCAUUUUUAGUUCAAUUUAGAUGACGAUGAUGUUCAUUUGAAAAGAAUCCGAGAUUAAUUUGAAUUCCACCAUACAUAGUUGACUGGUCAACUCCUUGCAAUUUCUUCACACCUUUCCUAAACCAAACUCCCUUUUCUUUAAUGACUUUCCACUAAAUUUGAGAUAUUUGAGAAAUUUUCAUUGACCCAUUUCAUCAUUUCCUCCAAUUCUCCCAAGAAAGCUUCGAGCUACUUCAGCUCUGAAAUUCAGGGCAACCCCAGAUUCUUGGAACUUGUAACUUUGCUUCUUUGUUGUUCUUGUUCUUGUUGUAGCGAUGGCUGCCGCCGUUCCUCCGCCUCCUGCCGCUGAAGAAGAAGGAGCAAUUCUUAAUGAAUUUACACCUCCGAUUUUGUUAGCUGAUAAGAUUUUGAAAUUGGCCCAAGAAGCGGUUUCUUCGAGGCAAGAAUGCGUUCACAUAGCCCAACAAGUCGACGAAAUUUACCGGAAGCUUCAAGCCACCGUUCGCCUGAUCUCCACCACCACGCAGCCGCUCUACGAGCGCCCAAUUCGCCGGAUCGUGGCCGAUGUAACGAAGAAUCUCGAACGUGCUUUGAACUUCGUCAGCAAAUGCCGCCAUAGUGGGUUUCUCAGGCAAGUUUUCUCCAUGACCACCAUUGCAGAUUUCCGUAAGGUUUCAGGUCUUCUCGAGUCUUCAAUCGGCGAUAUGAAAUGGCUUAUUUCCAUUUUUGAUCCCGAUGGCUCUGUUGGGUUGCCUCCGAUUGCGAGUAACGACCCAACUUUAGCUUAUAUUUGGCCUAAUAUUGCCACAAUCCAAAUGGGUUCGAUUAAGAAUCUCGAAGCUGCCAAUCAGUUAACGUUACUCACUCGUGGGAACGAUCGGAAUCAGAAAAUCGUGGUGGAGGAAGGCGGCGUUCCGCCAUUGCUUAAAUUACUUAAGGAUUAUGCUUCCCCUGAUGCUCAAAUUUCUGCUGCUAAUGUUCUUAUUAAUGUUGCUUCUGUUCCUGAAAGGGUUAAAUCCAUUUUGGAUGUUCUUGGGGUUCCGAUUAUUGUUCAAGCUCUUAAUCAUUCCUCCAUGAGGGUUCAAAUUGUUGUGGCGAAUUUGGUUUCGCAAAUGGCUGAACUUAGCUCUCUUGCUCAAGAGGAGUUUGCUAGAGAGAAUGUUACUAAACCUUUGGUUACUUGUUUGUCUAUUGAUAUGGUUUUGGAUGAUCCUAAAGUUCAUUUGGGGAAGAGUAGUUUUCAUUCUGUGGUUGAGAUAAAGAAGGAGCUUGUUGGGAGAGCUUCGGAUAGUUCGCUGAAUUUGAAUUCGUCGUCGGGUUCGUGUUCUUCGUAUUCUGAUGGUAGUAGCAGAGGAGGCCAUCAGAGGAAGGAGAAAGAAGUUGAUAUGGUUUUGGAUGAUCCUAAAGUUCAUUUGGGGAAGAGUAGUUUUCAUUCUGUGGUUGAGAUAAAGAAGGAGCUUGUUGGGAGAGCUUCGGAUAGUUCGCUGAAUUUGAAUUCGUCGUCGGGUUCGUGUUCUUCGUAUUCUGAUGGUAGUAGCAGAGGAGGCCAUCAGAGGAAGGAGAAAGAAGUUGAUAUGGUUUUGGAUGAUCCUAAAGUUCAUUUGGGGAAGAGUAGUUUUCAUUCUGUGGUUGAGAUAAAGAAGGAGCUUGAUGGGAGAGCUUCAAAUAGUUCACUGAAUUUGAAUUCGUCGUCGGGUUCGUGUUCUUCGUAUUCUGAUGGUAGUAGCAGAGGAGGCCAUCAGAGGAAGGAGAAAGAAGUUGAGAGCUCUGAAGUUAAGCUUCAGCUUAAGGUGAAUUGUGCUGAAGCUCUAUGGAGACUCUCGAAAGGGAGCAUUUCGAAUAGUCAAAAGAUCACGGAGACGAAAGGGUUGUUGUGUAUGGCGAAGAUUAUCGAGAGUGAAGAAGGGGAUUUGCAAUACAAUUGCUUGAUGACAGUGAUGGAGGUAACGGCUGUUGCAGAAUCGAAGCCAGACUUUAGACAUGUUGCGUUUAAGAUCACUUCGCUCGCUCCGAAAGCGAUUCUGUAUCAACUUUCGAGAUUGAUUCAAGAGCAACGUGAUCCGAGGUUGCAAGUUCCCGCAAUCAAAUCGAUCGGUUCUCUUGCGAGGAUUUUUCCUGCUAAGGAAUCACAGAUUAUCGAUCUUUUGGUUAUGCAGAUGAAGAGUAUAAACAUGGACGUAGCCUUGGAGGCAGUCGUUGCGUUAGGGAAGUUUGCUUGCCUCGAAAAUUAUAACUGCAUAGCACAUUCGAAGUCGAUUAUCGAGUUUGAUGGCGUUCCUCCUCUAAUGAAACUUUUAAGACAAAACGAGGCUGCUCAAGUACCUGGCUUAAAGCUGCUAUGUUAUCUUGCACUGAGUGCAGGCAAUAGCAAGGCUUUAGAGGAGGCUCAUGCCUUGAAUGAGAUGAAGAGGAUGGCUCGUCUCGUUUUCGCUCACACCGACUUGCACGAGUUGUAUUCCAAAGCCAUACACCACCUUACUCUUUAUCAGGCUGGAGCUCAUCAUAUCCACAGGCACCACUUUUCACCCUGAGCUUAACAAGCAAUGUUGUUGUACAUUAAAUCAAAUUGGAGUGUGUUCAAAGUUCUUCACAAUCUGAGAUAAGUCGCUAUAGUCGACACAGAACAGCGACUGCAUGAGUCGCACCAUCAAUGGCCCGGGGUAGAGACCGAGACAAGACAUUGAAGAACGUUGGCUCUGGCGCCCUUCAUACACGAACGCCCUGGAAAUUCCGAAGGAAAUGAACACAUCACACUAGAUGUUACAUUGGUUGGCUCUGUCCCACAUCACGAAACCCGGAAAGAUUAGUUCCUUCAACGUCCACGACACGAAUGGGAUGUACUCGGGUGUUGAGGCUCGUAAAAGGAAGUGAACAAACAAAAAUACUGUAUCCCCUGAGAAAUUUGUAAACUAGGAUUAUAUUCUUUAAUUCAUUCGUACUCGAGCAUCUUGGUUGAGAGUAUAUGUCUUAAUCUGUUGAGUUACGUUCAAGUUGACAUGUUCAAAGUUCGUCUUGUCUCGAAUGAUUUGCUUAUAUACUUUUGAUGACUGUCUUGAUUCCUCUUGCUUGAAUCGUUUACUACGACGAACAAAUGACGUUCGGGGUAAAUGCUUUAUUGAUGUGAAUCAUUCGAACUCGAGCAUCUUGAUUGAGAGUA